AGCCCUGCUUGCUGGCCACCCUCGCGUGCCGUGCCGUGCCGGCCUUUUAAAAAAAAAACGAAAAUAGUCGCUCGCCACCAACAAGCACUUUGCCUCUCCCAACAGGCUGUGGUGAUAAGGGGCCGCACGGGUGACCUUUGUCUUUUGUUCGCGAGUCUGUGAACGCGAAUGGGCAAUCCCAGGGAAAGGCAAAAAAAAGGGGUGACGUCAUGCCCCCCGGAGCCUUAGAGACGCUGUUUGUAGCAACAAGCUGAUGCGGCUUUCGAGACGAACGGAAUCACCAAGAGCCGCACGCGCGCGCGAGCGAGCGAGCAGUGCACACCGCGUGUGCGCGUGAACACGCGUUGCGUUAACGCGCAUGGGAGGACAGCGACGACGACAACGACAACAACAUCGGCGCCUACGCAAUGAACGAAGACCUUAAUUAGCAACAUCCGCUGGAUCCCCCGCUAUUCGUUUGGAAGCACGGAUUGUUUGGAGAGAGAGCGAGAGAGAGAGUCGCCUAGGAGGAGACCGGCAUGGCUCGCUGUUACAAUGAAGAUGAGGACGAGGAGUUUUACGAGUAUGAGCCACUGCCCACUGUGCUGGAGGACGAGGAGAACGUAUCUCUUGCGGACAUCUUGUCUCUGCUGGACAGCUGCUUGACCGAGACCGAGGUGUUGGCCGUGUGUCUGGAAUGCUGCCUCGCCCUGCGCAGCAUCGGGCACGCGGAGCUCUUCCGGAACCUGUGCAUCACUCCCGACACGCUCGCUUUCAACACGCACGGCAACGUGUGCUUCAUGGAGCAGCUCAGCGAUGACCCAGAAGGGGCCUUCAUACCUCCUGAGUUUGACGAGACAGGAAACACAUUCAAGGCUCACAUCUACUCACUGGGAAUGACCCUGCUUGCCGCCGUUGAGUAUGUGGUGGAGCCGGAGCUCAGCAUGGAGAUGAGCGCUGAGCUGAGAGCCCUGCUGGAGAAAAUGCAACACGACGACCCAGACUCCAGGCCAGAUAUCGAGACGGUGCUGAGGCUGUGCCAGUCACGUCUUCAGAGCGAGUCGUCCGCCAGCGUUUGCCGCCACCUCUCAGCCACGGGACGCCGGGUCCUGUCCAUCGAGUCCAUCAACACGGCCUCCGAUAGCGGUGGAGACUCCUGGCGUUUGACAUUCAAUGAAAGGAACCCAGCCGACGGAUCGUCCAGCACAGAAGACCUCAGCUUUGAUAGAAUGGUUCACAACGCAGCACCAGCCAAAGCGAAGGCAGACAAGGAUGACAGGGGAAGUCUGCAGGAUCCCAGCACGAAACCGCAGGGUGAGACAGGUCCUCAGAAGAAGAAAGAGGACGGCAAGCCAGAGUGCAGCAAACGUCACUGUAAAGAGUUGUUGGGGUUGUUUGAUCUCGUUCCAUUGUCUGAAGGGGCACAGCCACACGUGGAGGCUGCUGGAGCCACAGUUUGUUCUCCGCUCAAACGGCGGCUUCUGCCCAAAAUCCCCGUCGAAGCAUUCCCGAAAAUGCAGCAGCAGCAGCAGAGUCUCGUUCAUGCGUCCGCACUCGACGGCAAGGAGAACUUUGCCGUCGACUUUUGCGCCCGAGGCACAAAAUCAAGCCGCGCCGCCGUGCCGGAUGAAUUGACGAUGAAACCCGCCGCGAGGCACUUGUUUAAAGUGCACUCGCUCGACGAGCAGGUGAGCGAGAGCUUUCGGUCCGUCGCCGACUCGGACAAAGCAUCGGGCUCGGCCGCCGAUGGCCAGGGGGCGACGCGCACGUCCGGCACGGCCACCAGGAUUGUGAAGCGCUGCCGGUCGUUGGAUUCGCCGUACGACGGCGAGAGGGCCGACCGGCUGACCAGGAGCAGCCCUGUGAGACAGCGCAACCUCCGGGUGGGCGGGCAGCUCACGUACUGGCCAACGCUGGUGGACAAGCGGCGGCUGGAGGACAGCGAUCCCACGCUGCGAGCGGGGAAAGGAGAUGACCGCAUUGGCAGCGGCUCCGCAGCGAGAAACGCCGACGCUGUCAGCAGUUCACAAUUGCAAAGACGCAGAGAGAGCAUCGAGGAGGUGUCUCUGGGAGCCGUGCUGGCCGGGUGGGGCAAGCCGUUGGGGGAGCAGCUGCUGUGGUGUGUUUGCCGGGAGGCGGCCUUGACCCUGCAGGGAAACAAGCAGUUACCAGUCUACGUGUCUGUGGACACACUGCUCAUACAGACGCAGGGGACUGCCACCUUUUGCCCUCCACCAGGAAAUGUGCAAGCUUUCUAUCUCGCUCCCGAGUUACAGGACAACGGGCUGCUUUCCGAAAAGUCUUGUGUGUAUGGCUUGGCUGCUACUCUGUGGUCUGCGGCCAAGUGCAACUUGGCUGCCUGUCAGAAGCUGAAGCUGAGCGGGCCCUUCAAGCAGCUGUUGUUGAGCAUGGCCAAAAAUCAACCCCAGGACAGGCCCUCGCUGGCCCAUAUCAUAAAGGCAUCCAGCGACUAUCAGGAUAAGCGAGGGAUAUCGUCCCGUGAGACGUGUGCUUUUUUGCGCAGUCGGACACUGCAAACCCAGAAACAAUGUGCAGCAGAGGCUCAGAAGUCACUGCAGCCCCAAAUGCCAACACAGAGCGUUUCUGAAUGCACCAAGCACACCGCCGACACCAACACAAAGAAGCCCGCCACAGAGAAUAUGCAGCUCAUUACCAAAACAUCACCGACAAAAUCAGGCUUCGUCCCGAUCUCAGCCGAGGCGAGGCUAACGGCCGUGAAGGGCCCCGUCCCCAACGAGGGUAGCCCUGGCAAGCUUCCCACGGCCUUCACGUCCACCGCCACGCACUUCAAGCCCAUCGUCCUCCGCCGGGAAACGACCAGGAGCCCUGAAGGAUGUGUUGCAAAAAUCUCAGGAGAUAAACAGGCGAUAAAAACUGUAAACAAAGAAGUCACGCAGAGGCAAUCGGGAAUUGCCACUGGCGAGGCAGAGGACGGCACGGGGAACUCGCUGGGCUCUGUUGCGGCAGACUGCCGAGGUGACACCUUGAGCGCCACCGUCUCGCCAGAUAGCGGGUCACCUGAUUCCACAAAGCAAAGCGCGGACGCCUCCUCCGGCAACAAGAAGAUGCUGCGCUCCGACUCCAGCGAUAGCGCAACGGAUUCCUCGUCCCCCAAUUCGAACGCCAGCUUCAGCUUGGACCAGAUCCUGGCCGCGGGCACCCAAGUGCCAAAUUUUAUGCUCCAACAGGAUCCAAUCACGGGGCUCUUCACACUCGUUCCUGUCAUCCUGCCCAGUCAGACACAGUCGCAUCUGGCUCAUAGCGUGCCUUCGGUGCUCUUCAAAUGGCCCGCGCAGAUUGACGUAAAGAGUUCCAACCAGGCAGCAGUCGCCAUCUCCGGGCGCACUCAAGCGGAAAGAAAGCCCGAUUCGCUGUUUUGCGCUCCCCUGGAGCUCACAGCAGCGCCCCACGUAAUUAGCCGGGGUGUGUCGAAUUCGUCGUCGCAGGGCACACCGACGUCCGUCGACUCGGAGGGCCUUAGUUUGCCGUCGUCGGCGCUGUCCUCGCCAGCUUCCCUGCAGAAAGCCUCGCCGUGGUGCUCCGCACCGGAGGCGGACAUUAGCGGCCCGCUGCGAAGAGUUAACCUUCUGAUCCGUGAGGAGUUUGCUUUCGAUGGCUACAUGGAGAACGGGGUAGAGGAUCUGGCUGUGGCUGAGUACAUCAUGUCGCUGAAGGGUCUCAAGUUUCCGACCUUCUGCAGUGCAGUCUCAGAGAAAUUCAGCGACCUUUACUGGGAUGAGACACUUUUGGAAAACCUGUACGAGGCCGUGAGCGGGCAGCCGCCUCCUACUCCUGACAGCAGCGACUCCCAUGACGACGUCCAACUAUCGGCACCGCUCUCUGCGACCUCCAGUGAAGAUGGAGAUGCGUUGGAUGAAGAUGAGGCUGAUGGUGAUGAUAGCAGAGACGACGAGAAUGUGAUAAGGGGCAUGGUGGAGAGAGAAACAUUCCCAAGCCGUUACGUGCCUUCCUCUGUGAGCUACCAGCCAGUUCGGAGUAAGGAUGCAAGUCACACAAUGAUGGAACACUCCCAGCUGAGUGAACCCGAAGGGAAAUCCAAUCACGCGUUGGCCCAAGUGACACCUGUGAGGAAGCCGACCGACGCACAAGCCGGCAAUCCCACAGCCUCGCCCAGGGUGACCCCGCAGACAGAACGCAAGACAGGCCCUCCGCGUGACUUGCACAAGGCCGGUGCCUCUACAGACAGGGAGCAGCACGAUCGUGCAGGCGGCAAUGCACUGAGCCAAUCGGUAAGAAGCGAGAGAUCAAGGGUUCCGCCGAGAAGAGCCAUUAGCCGAAGACUAAAAAGUGCCCCUUCCAUGGCUGGAUCGGUUGCAAGUGAGGGCGCAACGCAGAGCCGUGCGGCCAUGGCAGCAGGUGGGGCGGGCACGCUGGGUGGUCUCGCGCAGAUGCGGGGAUGCCCCGAGGGGUCUCAACAGCUCAAGAAGCCUCUCCUGGCCUGGGAGAGCCUCAGGUACGGAGCGGGAUUCUUCAGCAACGAGGUCAAAGAUUGCGUCCAUCAGCAGAGGGCACGACGCAGCAGCGACAUUAACCUGGAAUCCAAGCUGCAGGAGGUGGAUCAGCAGAUUAUGCUGGAAGGGAAGAAUCUAAGAAAGUCGAGAGCUCUGAUUCACAAGCUGAGCCAACAAGGUCAAGCCAGCAAAGAAACGAAAGGUGUGCUUUCGAAGUUAAAAGAGCAAGUGAAGGAAAUGAGAGAGAAGAUUGAAUUCCUGCAAACCACAAAAAGAUACAUUGAGUUGCUGUUCGCCGACGAAUGGGGCCUGGAAAUCUCUCUGCUGAGGGCCUUCCUGGGCUGGCGAGCGCCCGCACCGCUGUGCCUGCAACCGGCUCCCCCUAGCCCGGAGCUUGUAUUCCAGCCGGCCCAUGCAGGCCAGGCAGCCUCUCGUCCUACGUUGCAGGCUGGGACGCCACACGCCCUCAUGUGCUACCUCUACUCCAGCUUCGCUGCAGUGGACGGAUUCAUCCAUCACUUCUUGUACACUUUCCGCUACUUCUGUGUGCCCAGCCACCUGCUACAGUUCCUGUUGGAGCGUCUGGAAGCCACAUGCAGUGGGGCAGUCAAUCAGCCUCGGGAGGUCGUCAGCAUUCGCAUCCGGAGCCUGGACAUCCUCAGUCUCUGGGUGGGAGACUGUUACAACAUCGACUUCAAACCCAACCCUGAAAUGAGGCAGCUUCUCAAGACUUUCAUCCAGAAGAAACUCUGGGUAGAGGAGCAGCGUGCAGAGCGGCUGCUGGCUUUGCUGCGCUCGCACGAGAGUGGGGAAAGCCCGAGUCGUGUGGUUGGCCCUCUGGCCCCGAUCACUGAACCCGUGGGCGUGGAAGAGGGGCCCCUGUUCAUCAAAUCUGACAGAAUUCCGGUGCAGCCCAUGGAAGAUGCAAGCAAAAAGAGUUCUCCCCUCAAACGCCUUCCACUGGGCAGAAGGGCCGGAAGGCCAGAUGGCGGAUCGCCAUCUAUAGGCACGCGGGAGAGAGGUCUUGAAAGGGAGAGGGCUAUUGCGAAGGAGAGGGACAAGGGGAAGGGCUGGAAAUCUCUGGCGGGCCCUGCUGACCCAUGGCUGUACAUCCCAACGUGCCGCGUUGUGGCAGCAGACAAGACCUUGUUCAGUCAUCGCGAGGUGACAGCGCUACGGCUGGCUCAGCAGCUCUCGUUGAUGCAGCAGGAGCUCUUUCUCCAAUGCCACCCGGUUGACUUCAUGAACACGCGUGCUCUUGGGCUGAAAGAAACAGGGCCUUUAAGACCCACGGCAGAGCCUGCCUCCACAGACCCACCAAGUCUGUUCGUGCCGGAGUGCGCAAACGAUCAUCCCAUCACUCGUCUCAUCGAGCACUCUGACACAGUCAGCACGUGGAUCUCUGCUGAGAUUGUCACCUGUGAUGGUGCCAAGAGUCAGCUGGCAGUGCUGUCCAAGCUGCUGUGGGUGGCCAAACAUUGCUGUGACAUUCGAAACUUUUCCACCGGCAUGCAGAUACUGCAAGGCAUGGAGAACAUCAUAGUCAGACAAUUGCCAGUAUGGAAGCACGUUCCCCCAAAGGUGGCAAACAUUAUGAACCAGCUGAAUGAUGUCAAGAUGUUUCUCAAGCGCGAUGGCAUGUGUCUGAUGGAGGAGGGGGGCCAUGUGAAAAACCCCACAAUUCCUUGCGCUCGCAUCUUUGCCAUGCACGUGCAGCAGCUGGAGAUCGGUGCCUUCACCAUGGCUAGCGGCCUGUACAAGUGGAGCAAAAUCAGAUCAAUUUCAGAGACGGUGAGUGGGAUUCGCAUCCUUCAGGAGAGCCCUUAUCCGUUUCGGCAUGAGUAUGAGCUGCAGGCUUGGCUCAGGGAAAGGAUUGUCUAUUUUGGCCUCGCUGACAUACAGGCUCUGGCAUCGGAGAACUCGACAAACUUCCAGCCUCUGCACGGAGACAGGGGCAUUCACAAGAUCAAAGAGGCAUUCCUUCGUAUAACAACUUGAGCCUCGGAGCUCGAUCAAUGUUACCCCCCCCCCUCCUCCUCCCCCCCCCAAAAAAAAAAAUACACCAACCCGGUGCGUUUGCUUGCACCGCACCUUCCAAAGGAAGCACCCGAAGCAGCAGUGAGUAAAGGAUGUUGAUGUUAUCGAAAAAGCGUGUUUGUGCAAGGUCCAGACCGACAGCCAGUGCUCUGAUGAGAAUGAUGUAAAGUUUUACUGUGCGUGCCCGCACAUGAGCGUUAUCAAAUCAAAGGGCAACGGCAAUGGAAGAGAAGGUUUGACACAGUUGUGUAAUAUAAUCAAUUAGGUACACAGUAGUGCUAUCAAAAUAAAUAAAGGGAUGAAAGCAAUAUUUUCCCUUUCAUAAUUAUAUUUUGUCUUUAAAAAAAACACACAUUAAGGAUAGGCAUUUAAAAGCCAAAAAAACGAAAGAUACAGUAUAUGUGUUUAUAAGUAUUGACUUUAAUCAUGCACAUUAUGGUUAUUUUUCAGAAUUUGUUGGUUCCACGUCUGGUUUUAUCGGGAUUGGUUCAUGUCAUCUGCUACAUUAAACCACUCAAUUCCCAAAAUACGAUACUCGAACAGCUAUGAACACAAGUGUUUGUAACCAUAUUAUGUAAACACAACCAAAUUAGAUUAAAGUAUAAUCAAAGGUUGCAUGCACACUGAGCUAUUAACAGUAUAUAAAGCAUGAUGUGAACAACUUUGGCUUUAAUUUGUCAAAUAUAUAAAAUUGUGACCAAACCUACCUGGAGAACACAAGUGGAUCUAUAUUUGCAUCUAUAUUAUCACACCUCUCGUUCUCACACGUUUAAAAAAAAACAUUUAAAUUGCGAACUCUUCUGAAUUAAGUGAAAGCAUUCACUAAAUUAAAUCUCCGUAGGUGUUAUCCUCCAUUGUGGUUGUACAUUAUAAUGUAGCUGUAAGUUAAUUAUGAACACCAAACAUUGGCGACAUGUGUAUUGUUUUUGUAUUACCUCUCUGGCCACUCUUGUUAACGUCUGUAUACAGGCCGUUCGGCUAUCGCAUACAAAGUAAGACCAACUGAAGUUCUGUCAUCCAGUUAUUGGUAACUGCAUAUUCCUUGCAAUUAUAUCAAUUAUUACAAAGUCAGCGUCUCAGGAUCGCCUACACUUUGGCUGUUUCAGUCACGCGGUCACGUUGUCGUCGAUGCCACUUAUUUUGUAAGUGAAUCCCAAACAGUGAAAUAACACCGCAUGUAUUUGAACCAUUGUUGCCACAUGUACAGAAUCAGUGUCAACAAAAGUGUGCUUUAAAUAGUAUACCAAGAGCUGUGGGGGUUUUAUAAUGAGCAUGCUGCUCCCAUUUGAAAUGUACGGGAUUUACUUGUUGUGUGGGAAGAGAUGAUAUUUUGUGUUCACACAGUUACGUGCACUGCAGUAGCUCGAGUGUUGGUGCCAAAACACAAACACCACGUGGGUCCAAUGGGUUUCAAAUAUAAACUGAAAAUAAGAUAAACAUGUUGCUGUAAUUAUAUGCCGAAUUAAAUGUGUAAAUAAUAGCUUGUGUAAAUUGAUAAAUAGGCAUCAAUCAAAGCACCCUGUACGCCCCACAUGAAGGCCACUUAAUGAAUUACAAUUGAUGGGAAAUCGUGGUUACAACUGUAAUUGAAUCGUAAUGUUAAAAAAAAACUGGACCGACCUGUGGAUAAUUAUUUGGGGGCACAUUGUUGCAGUGCUCUUUGCACUCCUAAUGGGAGAAAUAGGCUCAUUGUUAACAGCUUGGCGUGCUCCAAUACAACCCUAUGCCAACAAAUGGCUGUUAUAACAUCCAGUUUUGUGACCCCUACCCUUACAAGUGAUUCUUAUAUACAAUACACAUUGCGAGUAUCCAUUACAUAUGGUCAUUUGUGGUGGUCCCACUGCAACGAAGUAUUGUAUCUCUCGUACAGAGGCUGCUACAGGAAUAGUUCUAUCGUGUCUGAUGUUUUUGAAAGCCAAUGAAUAUCAAGACAACCGCUCACGCUGCUCCAUUUUUGGGAGUUGUAUACCUUGUAAGUGCGUAUUAUGAAACGUAAUGCAGUAAUUGGCUGUUUUAGAGGGUGGGUUAUACUUGCUUUGGUAAGUACGUACUGUGUUGGAAUGGUUAUAAAUGUUGUAUUAGCCUAUUUUUUGUACUGUAUCUGUAUUUCUGACCGGUUUAUGAAUCCUGAAGUUUGAAGCAAAGGCAUUACAUUGCUGUACUGUAUGACUUUGUUCUGACUGCAGUAUUGCAUUGCAUCUGAUAUUUGUGCUUUAUUGAUGGGUUGGCUUGUUUUGUAAUUAAAUUGCAUUUCUUAAAAAAAAUACACACUA